AUGGAUUCCUUACACCAUCCUGCUGCUGCUGCUGCUGCUGCUGCUGCUGCAACAGCAGCAACAGCAGCAGCUGCUGCAGCACCUGCAACUUCUUCUUCUGCUGCUGGAAGAACAGCAACAGCGCAACCCACGUCUUCUACACAUACACCUCCCCACGAUAAAAUAUCUGCUGCAGCGGCAGCAGCAACAGCAGCAGCAGCAGCAGCAGCACCUGAUGGACCAGCAGCAGUAGCAGCAAGACCAGCAGCGGAGAAAGACUGUCAGUCGAUGGAGUGCGACAGCUGCAGCACAUCUGCUGCAGCAGACACCAGCUCUAUCAAGAGAGAAGUGCAGCAGCAGCAGCAGCAGCAGCAGCAGAUCCAUCUCCAUAAGGAUCUUGAGGAUCAAAAAAGACCAGUUCAGCAGCAACUGCAGCAGCAACAGCAGCAGCAGCAGCAGCAACGGGCCAAUCUUUGUAGCGAAACUGCAGCAGCAAAGAAUAGCUCCUUCUUAUCGCAUGAUAAAAGAGCAGCAGCAGAUGCAGCAGCAGAUGCAGCAGCAGAUGCAGCAGCAGCAAAUGUAGCAGCAAAAGAAACUAAGCUUCUUAACGCAGCGUCUGACGGAUCAUCUAAAACAGCAGCAGCAGCAGCAGCAGCAGGAACGGCAGCAGCAGCAGCAGCAGGAGUUGAUUUGAAAUCUGCUGCGCCUGCGUCUAUCUCUUCUUCUUCUUCUUCUGCUGCUGCUGCACAACAAAAAUCAGCAGCAGCAGCAGCAGGAGUUCCUGCUGCUGCCUCGUCUUCUUCUCCAUCCGCAGAUUCAACUACUACAACGAGCACCACAACAUCAACAUCAGCAGCAGCAACAACAGCAGCAGCAGCAGCAUCAUCAUCAUCAUCCGACGCAGCAACGGAUUCGUCUUCUUCUGUAUCUCCAUCUGUGUCCUCCCCAACUAGUACUGUAUCUACCUCUCCUCCUUCUUCUUCUUCUUCUCCUGCUGCUGCCCCUACUCCAUCUCCUCCAGCAUCAUCAACAACAGCAACAGCAACAGCAACAACAACAACAACAGCAGCAACAGCAGCAGCAGCAACAACAGCAGCAACCCCACCACCAGCACCACCAUCCCACCGUCGUGGGUCCGACCGUAGUAACGAUUGGCAUCCAUUGGAUGCCGUAGUGGAGCGUAUAGAGGCUCACGUGCGUCCAAAUAAUUCUAGCAGCAGCAGCAACAGCAGCAACAGCAGCAACAGCAGCAGCAACAACAAUAACUCAUUAAAUAUAAAUAAUAACCCAAGCUCAUCACCACUUAAUCAGACCGUCUCAUCGAAUACAAGCAGUAACAACAACAAUAAUAAUAAUAAUAAUCGUAUUCAAUGGGUAAAAGGUUUCCGUAUGCCAUUAGGUGCAGAAGGUCAUGCAUUAAGAUUUGCUGCUCCUUCCCCUAAAAGACCAAGAAAUGGUAGUGCAGCAGCAGCAGCAGCAGCAGCAGCAGUUGGUGGUGCUGCUGGUGUACCGAAUGAUGCUAGUACUAAUGCUCUAUUCCACUGGGACAGCCAAGGAGGAUUUAAUGAACGACAGCAGCAGCAACAGCAGCAGCAACAACAACAACAGCAGCAGCAGCAGCAGCAGCAAGAUGAUCUACUUGCUGCUGUCCUUAGAGGAAGAGAAGGAUCAUCUGCUGGUGUACAUGAAUCUUUCCUUAGAGCUGUUGUUGAUUCACAGGCCGAUGCAGCAGCAGGAGGAGCAGCAGCAGGAACAGCAGCAGCAGCAGGAACAGCAGCAACGCAUGCUGCUGCUGCGCUGCAGCAGCAAAGACACCUCAAAGAAUUUACGGAUAGUAUAUGGGGAAAAAAUUAUAUAAAUGAUGGUGUCUUUAGUGAGGAUCUAAAAGAAUUAAGUGGUUUGCUGCAGCACGAUCCGCAGCAGCAGCAGCAGCAGCAGCAGCAACAGCAGCAGCAGUUGUUAAUGCUGCAGCAGCAACUUGAAUCCGAACAGACCAGUGGUCAACAAGGACGAUUCUUCUUCUCUGCUGAACUCCCUGGUGAGACCUGCAGCAGCAGCAGCAGCAGCACAUGGAAAAGAUAUGAUAAACUUGGCAGCAGCAACAGCAGCAAUCGCCGUAAUAGCGGUAGCAGCAGCAACAGCAACAACAGCGUACAUAGCUGUGGUGGUGGUGCUGCUGCUGCUGUUGCUGCUGUCUUGGGACAGCAGCAGCAGCAAAAACGCAGCAGAAGAACGAAGCUUCCUGCUGCAGGUCUUGCUGCUGCCGCAGGUAGUGACGCUAUUAGUCUAUUAGCUGCAGCAGGAGUCCCUAUACACCCAGCAGCAGCUGCAGCAGCAGCAGCAGGAGACUGUUUAGGUGGACUUCCAUCAAUUCCUUCCGAAGCAGCAGCAGCUGCAGCAGCAGCAGCAGCAGCAGCAGCAGCAGCAGACCAUGGAUCCUCCGGUUGUGGAUCUGCGAGUUCUUCCUCUCCUUCUUCCUCUCCUUCAACAGGAGGACCAUCAUUAUCAUCAGGAGGAGGAGCAUCAUCACCUGGUGCAGCAGCAACUGCUGCUGGUGGUGGUGGUGCUGCUGCAGGUGGUGCUGCAGUACCAUUAGAUCUGCAUGCAUUAACAACAAAUUAUACAAUUGCUGCUCAAUACUUACAAGUUAUUCAGCUCUUGGCUGUACAAAAACAAAUCAUGGAAUUAACAGAGAGCCUAAAGAACUGUGAUACUAAUGCUGCUGCUGCUGCUGCUGCUGCUGCAGCAGCAGGAGGGGUAGGGGCUGUAGGGGGAGUAAAUAGGAAGGGGACGGGAGAUAGGAAUACAGCAGCAGCAGCAGCAGCAGCAGCACUAUCUAAUUGUCUUGGUGCUAUUAAGGGAGAUCCUCAAUCUUCUCUUAGUCAGCAACUUAUUAUGCGACUAGGGGAGGAGGUAGGACUAUCUAGUACUGCAGCAGCAGCAGCAGCAGCAGCAGCAGCAGGUGCUGGAGCUGGACAAGCAGCAACUGCAACACCUACACCUCUACCUACGCCUGCACCUGCAACAGCAGCAGUACCUACUGCACCUGCAGCAGCAGCAGCAGCAGCAGCAGCGCAGCGGGAGGCACGGGAAGGAGAUGCAGCACGCAGCGGAGCAGCAGCAACUCUAUUAGAAGAAUUAGAGAGGAAAGUUGCUGCUCUUGAGUGUCUUGUUGCUGGCAACAGCAGCAACAACAGCAGCAACAGCAGCAGCAACAGCAACAGCAACAACAACCGACUGCUGCAGCAGCAGCAAGAGGGAGGGACUCCGUCACGUGCUGGUGUUGGUGUUGGCAGCAGCAACACUGCAGCAGCAGCAGCAGCAGCAGAGGGACUUCUUGGAUUAUCGCCAUCACUGCAGCAACUGCAGCAAUUGCAGCAACUGCAGCAGCUGCAGCAACUGCAGCAGCUACAGCAGCUGCACCGUCGGGUAUCGCAGCAGCAACCAUCUAACGCAGCAACCGCAGCAUCAACAGCAGCAGCAGCAGCAGCAGCAGCCGCUGCAGCAGCGGCUGCUGCAGCAGCUGACUCCCCUCCUUCUACAUCUGCUACUACAGCAGCCGCAGCAGCCGCAGCAGCAGCAGCAGCAGGAAGAGGAUCUAAUAAUAAUAGACAACAAGCUCCUCUUAGUUGUUCUUAUAUAGAUUCUCCUGUUGAUGGUUAUGAUUCUGCUGCUGCUACUUCCUGCUGCAGUGCUGCUUCUGCUUCCUCUGCAUGCAAUACACCUGAUUCAUUAGCAGGGGAGAGGCUGCUGCUGCUCUCUUCCUUAUGGCAGCCGCUGCCACCAGCAGAAGGACUUGUUAGCAAAGAAGGAGGAUAA